AUGGAAAGGAAAAGCUUCGAUGUGUCGCGUAUCUUCGUGUGCUGCUCGAAUAUCAUUUUCUUGAUAUCGGGUUUCUCGUUGAUGUCAUUAGGAGCGUUGUUAUUGGCUGAUGACGAACGCAUUCUACUCUCGCGUUUAUUAGGACCAGGGGAUAUACAUCCUGAACAACCAUUAUUUUACUACUUGGCGUUUGCGAUCGUCGGACUUGGAUUUCUGAUCACGCUUACAGGCCUGCUAGGAUGCUGGGCCAUUUGUCUCUAUAAUCGAUGCGUUACCGUUUCAUAUCUCAUCACGAUAAUUCUGCUGUUACUCGGCGAGUGCACCGUCUGCGUCCUCGUGGUGUUCUGGCCACACGUUCUUGGCAUAGAUGUCAGACCAGCUCGAUUGAUACGAGCUUUACAGCGGAGCUACGCUGUUCCCGGUCGAGAGCAAUUCACUGCAGCCCUUGAUCUCGCGCAAAGAACGUUUGCUUGCUGCGGCAUAAACGGAAGCAGCAAUUACGGCACCUCCUGGUGGCGGCUGCAGGAAGUUGGUCGAAGAGAAUUAGUGGUGCCUCUCAGCUGCUGCACCCUGAGCAACGUCAACCAAACUGACUCCUUCCUCAACCCUGAACCUGCCAAUCUUACUCUCUGCCAAGCUUUGAACCCUGCCGAACAUCAAUAUGCUCGACACACAACGGGUUGCUUAGAAAUGCUCGAGAAAUGGACUCAAGAUCAGGCAGUGAUAUUACUCACAAUUGGACUGGCGGUGAUUUUCGUGGAAGUUGGUGCGCUUCUGAGCACAUUCUUUGCCUGUUCCCGAGGCAAUAAAAGGGCCAAGUCUCAAGCGUCCACAUUUACAUCCACGCAAACUCUCAGUCCUUUCAGCGAAAGCGAUCACGAUUUCGGCUUGGGGAUCGAGAAUCGAAUGCACGCGACCGGAACGACGUUCGGCGCCAAAUCAUGA